GCUUUGCAUCACAGGAAGAAAUGAGAUUUUAACACAUUAAAACAGAAUACAGCAGUUUUCAUUUGCAAUAGUAUUUCACAAUAUUCAAUUUUCACUGUAUUGCUAAUAAAUAGUCUUGGUGAGCAUACUUUUUGGCUAUUUUACAUGAUGGAUGAAAUAAAAUCGUUACCCAUGACCAAAUCAUGUCUAGCUGUAGAUGAAAUAACAGAAGGCAGAUACUGAACAGACAGUGAUUUCAGCUGACUGGGUGAGAUUAACAGUAGCUAACUCUCAGCAAGUGCCUCUGAAAUGAUCUUAUGAUUGCCGUUGACCUUGCGCCACCUCUUGCAUGAUAACGAGUCUCUCGGACGGUAGGUCCCUCCCAUGGUUAUGAAUAAUACAUGACAUUACAGUUGGUCAAGGCAGAGGUUGUGCUGCUGUCUGUCAGUCUGUGCAGCCUCAGUCACGCGUGCGAUGAUCCGAUCGCCUCGCGCUCACACUGCAGUGGCGCAUCGCUGUGGUCUGACUCUGUGCACCGCUAUAGACUAACAACCGGACAGUGCUCAGCCCUAGUGUCUGCGGGAGGGGAAGGAAGCCGUAUUUUGUGGAUGGUGGAGGGCUGUCAUGAGAAAAAGCACGCGAAGGAAACAUAUCAGUCAGGUUACACCGGUGCCGACGCGAGCGGAAGAAGGUGGGACGGAGAAUAAAAAGAUACGCAAGAAAGGAUAUGGCACCAAUUACCUUCCACCUGGGCGCUUGCUCCUGUUUUACCUGUGCUGACCGCUGUGCGCUCUUUAUCGCAGACGUCGUAGGAAAUGCGGGCAGCGAGGUGGCUUUGCGAAAAAGGUGAAGGCGAGAUUUACCUCCUCCAAGGUGUUCGUGUAGCCUCCUCUGCCUGCUGCCACCAUGUUUAAAAACAGCUUGAAGAUGCUGCUGACAGGGGGCAAAAACAACAGGAAGAGCCGAAACAGCAGCGAUGGCGGGAAUGAGGAGACCAUAGACCUGAAGAGCGCCAGCUUGGAUCCCCUUCACGGUGGCAGUAUAGACAGUGACUGUGCCUUUGAGGGGGACUAUGCUGUGCCUCCGGUUUCCAUGGCUGAGGGGCUGCAGCACAUCCGUAUGAUGGAGGGAGUGUCCCGAUCUCUGCCCUCAUCGCCUCUGCUCACCCACCAGACCUCCAGCUCAAGACCGCCGUCUGUCAGGAAGGUCUUCAGCACAGCCACAGGGGGGUUAGGUCCAGAUCUCGGCCCCCCUCCCUCAGUGGACGAGGCAGCAAACACGUUGAUGACUCGUCUUGGCUUCCUACUCGGAGAAAAAGUGAGCGAGGGGUCUCAAGGGCCGCAGUACAGCAUGGAUGAGCCUGAUGACGCACAGGUGGGUUAUUCAACCUCACCUCCCGCUAUAAAUAUACUCCUCCUUAAGAUAUAAAAGAAACUCAGAAAGGCUGGAUCUCACCUAUUUCACCCUAAAUGCAAAGACAAAUUCUGACAUGUUAAGAAAGUGAAGCUUGUUUUUCUUGCUGAUUUAGUUUAUUGUGACAUUAGAUUCAUGUAAAUUUAACACAUUUUACCCUAAGAUUACUGUAAUGUUUCUAGAUUGUUUUUUACUUUGGAGUCUAUCUGUAUUACUUAUUCUUCCUAGUCAUGUUGUAAAGUGGUAAUGUUUGUACUAUAAUACAAUAUAUCAUAAUAUUACAGUUUCUUAUCAAUGUCUUUGGCCCAUUUUUUAAAUCAGUCUUAAUAUUUUCUACAUCGCAAGUGCAUUUGUCACUGUUUUAUGGGACAAUUGCAUGUUUCCAAAUGACUUAAUGACUUAAAUGUUACUCACCCACAAUAUUUAAGUCCUUCUUACUGUGUCAGUGAAUUGGCCAAUGCCACUAAAAUGAUUUUAAUAAUUGAAUGAAUCAUUUUGCAUAUGAUGGCUCACACACUGAAAUAAUGUUUAGAAGUUAUGAAGAGUUUGACAGUUCACUGAGAAUCCAAGCCAUGUGCAUUUAGUUAUUGCUCAAAUUGUGCUUACUCUUUUUCACACAUGUAUCAUGUUUAAAUUAAUAAAGCAUUCAAAUCUGGUGUGAACAAGAAAUGAAUCAGAGCAGUGUUGUUUUAGUAUAAUUAAUAUACCAUUAUUAAUAUUACUAUUUUGGUUUAAUUUAUUUUUAGUUCAGUUUUAGUUUUCAUUUAUUUUCAUUUUAGU